AUGUCAACUUCCAGCGGCAACGAUUGCGAUUAUUAUUACUCCUCUUCUUCCUCCAGCUCUUCUGAUGAGGAUUCCAAAGCUUCUGUAGCCAAAUCGAAAGCUAAGACAACUCAUGAUGAUGGAGAGAAUCCUAUCAUACCCUUUAUUGAUCAAAGGGUCACUUAUGUUGAACUUAUGAAGAGAAAGGCUGGAGAUGACGAAGCAGAGAAUCGUCAGCGCAGAAGGGAUCGAACCCGGCGCCGAGUACAAGCGGCUGAGGAGAGACGUCGAUUUGUCGAUGGGGUACCCUUUGACUCUGAUGCUGAUGGUUCUGAAGAGGAAACUGCGUGGGUGUUUACAGAGCGCAAGAUCAAGCCUGGCCGAUGUAAAAGAGAGUUUCGGAAGAGCAUGAAGCAAAUUGAAGCUGAAGCUGAAACAGAAGAAGACUCGGACUCGGAUGAUGAUCCUGAUGCUCAUCCAGACUUCAUCGACGGUCCUGGCGCUGAUUCCGAUGAAGAGGAAGACAUUGAUGACAAAUCUGAUAACUCGGAUGACAAGAAGGACAGCGAUGACGACUCUGACAAUUCAGAUGAGUCUGAUGAGUAG